AUGGCGUUGAAGCAGCAGCAGCAGUCAACAAAAGACGACGACCAUCAUCAUCAUCAUCAACAUGCUUCGAAUCCACGUUGCUGCAACAGCUGCCGCCAAACUACCUCAUCCACCACGCCAUUGUCCACUCGACGCGCAUCCAUCAAAACCACCUCCACGGUCACUUUGCAAGUCAACAACAGCAAUGACGACUGGCACACCGAUAAGCCUUGUUGGUCCUUCAAAGACGAUUACGUCUCAUUCCCAAGCUUGGAUCGAUUUGACAUGAUCGAUUCAACUACGGCUGAUGAUCAUCAUCAUUAA